UUUGUAUUUUGUGUUUCGAAUCUUCUUUGCGUCUCUUGCAGGAUCGAGAUAGUUAUUGGAAGAUGAUGCAGAAAUAUAUAGGUUCAGAUGUUACAUCAAUGGUGACGCUUCCAGUUCUUAUAUUUGAGCCCAUGACAAUGAUUCAGAAAGUGGCAGAGACGCUGGAGUACUCCCACUUGUUAGACCUGGCUGAUGAAUGUGAGGAUCCCUACAUGCGGAUGGUCUAUGCUACAUCAUGGGCAAUAUCUGUUUACUAUGCCUAUCAACGAACCUGGAAGCCCUUCAAUCCCAUCCUUGGUGAGACUUAUGAAAUGGUUAAUCAUGGUGGCAUUACAUUCCUUGUGGAGCAGGUGAGUCAUCAUCCUCCAAUGAGCGCGGGGCAUGCAGAAAAUGAUCAUUUUACCUAUGACGUGACAUCCAAGUUAAAGACCAAAUUUCUGGGAAACUCCGUUGAUGUGAUUCGGUCCUUCUAAAUGCA